AUGGAGAUAAAACUGGUACAUUUUCCUGAACCAGCUGAAAAUACGCCAAGUAGUAACUCUUCAGCUUCCACCCUCCAAAUCCAGCAGGAUAUUGACAGCUCAGAAUCAGCCCACACCACAGCUUUGCAGCAUCAGAGGCUCUGCAGAAACAGCUCCAAGACUAGCCCAGCAAUCAGCAACACUAGCUCAGUAACUCAGCAGCUCCAAGAUACUAAGCCCAAUAGCAAUAGCUCAACAGCAACAGGAUACCAACUCCAGUUCACUGCAUACAACACCCCAACAAACACUUAUUCAACCUUUAUCAUCAAAUACCAUAGAAGUCUUAGUGCACAAAAUACGAGGACCUCGUUGAUCUUGCAGCCUCUGCCUGACAGCACUGGAAGCUGGCCCCUUAUAGAAAAUUCAAUAAACUGUAUAAUCCAUGGUUCAAAGUAA